CCUAAAUUUAGACUUUAGAGAGCUCGGGGGGUGAUCGAAUUUCGCGUCACAUAUUUAUUUGAUGGCAAUUGUUUCAACUCGUUUCUUCGUUUCGCCUAGAAGAGUUCUGGGUCAUUCUGUAGGGAAUUUUGCGAGAAGGAAUCCUCUUCGAUUUAGUAGAUUUACCGUAAGGAUUUUUUUUUAACCAACACACGUGCCGUGGAUAACGUUUCAAUUGCAACAUCGUGAAGGCACACUGUCAUCUUCAUAUUUCUCGGUAGCGCUCGUGAUGGAAGAAGGAACUGGAUAAACCUGACAGGAAAUUUCACGUUUGUUGGGUAGAGGACUGUAGUUUCGUUUACUACUGAAGAGUGUUCGCGGAAAACGACCGUAAAUUUUGAUUCUGGUGAACAGUUGUGCGCGAAAUGACGACUAACCCCCGCUUUCAUCGACAACACUGUUUCUUAUGCGAUCUUCCGCACUCACCGUGGGCAAUUCUACAAGAUUUCAGCGAACCUGUUUGUCGUGGUUGUUGUAAUUACGAGGGGCCUGAUCGAAUUGAGGAUGUGAUACAUUAUUCGAGAAUUUUAAGACGAACAUGGGAAAAUAACGAGUUAGCGCACAGAAAUCGGGGAGUGAAAACUGAGCGCUUGAAUUCAGCGGGUUCAUCUAUAUCUUCCACUCCGAGUCCGCCACCCGCCAACGGUACUAACUAUACGGCGCAGUAUUCAGAGCAAAGGAAAGGAGUUGGGAAACAUCAGAAUGCUACCAGGCAUGGCGAGGAAGGCAUGGAAAAUUCUCAUGGGCACGGGAGUGGCGAAGCUGUCAACGGACCUGGCUCGAAAGCAAAUCGACCUCCAGGAAAUAUUGGUUCUCGCGAAAUGGAAAGACGAGGGUCUAGUUUCAACAUGGAAGACGCUAGGCAUUCGCUGCCAAACGGAAAUGCGUUACAAAGACAUCAUCCCCCCUUGACCCCAAACGGACCUCAGCAGAAUUUUGUCGUCGAUGGGCCACGGUUGGAACUUAUACGGGAAACACUAACCACUCUGAACAGGUCUUGUCCAUUUGAUAUCAGAUUCAAGAAAGAUCAUGGUUAUGUCGGUCGCGUGUUUGCUUUCGACCUUAGCUGUAAGCCUGGGGUUGACUACGAACUCAAAAUCUUCAUCGAGUACCCUCGAGGCUCUGGUUGCGUUUUUCAAAGCGCAUCUGGAGUCGCCAAGCAGAUGUACACAGAAUCUUUGAAGGAAAUUGCAAAGCCACUUUCCUCUGGGUUCAAGUAUUUAGAGUACGAGAAAGAUCGCUCCAAAGGAGAAUGGCGUUUACUGGGAGAAUUUCUUCCUGAACCGGUGCGAUUGUUCAAGGAAGCUGUCAAUCCCGAAUUUCUCGCCAAACCUCAGCUUGAUGCAGAAUUUCCAGUUCUACCCAAUGUGAAUCUCAGCUUCAACCGGUCCGGCCCCCAGUAUGGGCGAAAGCGAAAAGGUGCAAUUGAUUUAGAAGAAUUUGAAGUAGCAGCUGGAAAACGUGCUGGAGCCAUGCAUGGGCGCAUGACUCGGGAUGAUGCCUUACAUAGUGUUUGGGUGCAAAACCAAACAGCUGAUGGUGUCAAACUACCAGUUCAUUUACCAGGGACACCACUGCCCCCAGGGACCCCAGUCAGUUCCAUACCAUCUGCCUCAGUUCCACCGAUGGUGUCACUGGCAGUCUCAAAGGGUGCACCAAGCCUGGCAGUGUCUGAACAUGCCCGUACACAAGUGAAAUCUCCCAUGGGCACCAUGAUGAAUCGAUUUGAAUUACCACCCACCUCAGUGCUACGUGAAGAUUCAAGGAAUGGUCCAAAUACCCUUGUGGCUGGUUCACCUGGCAGUGAGCGGUUGUCACCACGCCCACAUCAAUCACCCAGACCCUUACCUAGCUCUGGUGGAGCUAAAGGCCCAGAUGCAGCAGAAGGUGACAUGAAGGGAAGGAGCUCCACAGUGAAUAUUCUGACUUGCAGUCUUUGUCGUGACAAGCUUGAAGACACCCACUUUGUGCAGUGCCCAUCUGUUGCUCACCAUAAAUUCUGUUUCCCUUGUUCACGUGACAGUAUCAAGAAGCAAGGAGCUGGCUCAGAAGUUUUCUGUCCAAGUGGAGAGAGAUGCCCAUUACAAGGCAGUGAUUUGCCUUGGGCAUUCAUGCAAGGAGAAAUUGCGACCAUUCUUGGAACUGAAUACACUGUAAAAAAGGAAAAAGAAACAUAGAGAAAGGGUGGAAUUUCUUUUCUGCCAUAGCAGUAACAAAUUUAGUGGCUAAUCUGAAUCAUUACUUUUGUGUGGCUCUUGUGAACUUGUUUCUUGUGUAUUAUGUAUGGUAAAAGUUGCCUCAAUUACCUGCACAAAAUUUUUCAUGUGAGAAGUUUUAUUAAUUUGCUUCCAAGAAGAUUUCCUGACAAUUUAUAAAACAUUUUGUGAAAUGGUGUUUUUAUAGUAAACUGAUAAUUUAGGAAGUUUUUCAUAGCACAUCUAAUGUCUGGAAGUAAACAGCUUGCUCUUCUCCCUAUGUUUUCAAUGCAUAUUCCAGCAAGCAGACCAUGGGAAUAGACAAACUUGUGAUCUGGAGGGUGUUAUUAAGCAAAAUGUCAGAUUCUUUUGUCUAAAGCUUACAGGAAAAUGUAUUAUUUGUAGGGAGAUUUGCAAAUUGCAUCUAAAUAGUAGAAGGUUCAAGAAUAACAGCUGUAUGUUAGAGUUCUAUAUAGUUAAGGCCAAGGACACUGUGUCUUUGUGGAAGUUGGGGGUUUUGCAUUAGUCAAAGGAACCUUUCUGUGUAGAAUUCAAAGUUGUGAAUGUAAUGUGCAGGAUUUUGGAAAAUUCUCUGAUUUUGCAAAAUAUUUGCAUAAGGCAAGAUGAGGUUAAUUUUUCCAUCAUGAAAUGUGGUAGAGAAUUGUUUGUUUUGACUGAUGCGCUACUGUAUUUUAAUUUAAGAAUUGUGCAACAUCAACAUUGCACUGGCAUUCCUUCUAAUAUUUUGCUACCUUAAAAUGUGCAUGGUUAAGUCCAAAGGUGUGAGACACUUAUCAGGUAGAAUAGUUAUCGCUGUCAAAAGAAUACUCUAGGCAACAUAUAGAUAUUAUUUUCCAGAAUUCUUGUAUAAAUGUGUAGCUUCUUAUUAGCAAGUUGCUUUUGUUUAUUCAAGGGUAGCUGGUCAUUUCUGUAAUGUUAAUAUUUAAGAAUAUGAUCAUUGGAACUUAAAACUUGAGACUUUGUGAAUAGAAUUCUCUUCAAAGGUGGGAUUUUUCAGACAAAAAAGAAAACCUGUAAAUAGACACAUCUACUCUUUUCCCUAUUCUCUUAGCUGUUCUGUGAUCUUUCAGUACACAGGAAAGUUUAGGUACAUUUUUAAAAACUGUUUGACAUCUUGCAAAAUCCAUAGUUUCAAGAGUGGAUUGCAAUCCUGAAAACAAUUUUAAAAAUGUAGUGAUGGACUGCCUGUGAAUGUAAGUUUGUGUGCAAAAAGUAUCGCAUUGAUUUUAAAAUACAAAGUUGUGGUCAUUAAAGCUUGUGUUUGAAA